AUGGUUUUGUGUGAUGUUUUUAUACGUUUAUUUUUAGAAAAUCUGGACGUUUUGUGUUAAUUUUUUACUGAAAUAAAAAUAUUGUAACAAUGGCGAAAGGCAAAGAUAAAAAAGGGAAAAAGGAUGAAGAACCACCAGAGUCAGAGGUCCAGGAGGAGGUACUGGUGGCCACCACAGAUCUGGAACCGGAACCUGAGGAGAUCCAGUUUACGGAUACCUCCUACACCAGCGCCUCUUUUGAAUCCCUACCUCCAGUUGUUGAAGAAAUCAAACCAAAGAAAAAGAAGGGAAAGAAAAAGGCUGAGGCAGUGGAAGAGGUAACAGAAAAAACUAGUGAAUUCUUUCAAUGGUCCGAAGAAUCUCUUGCAGCAGAGGAAGAAAAGCCAAAAGUGACGGAAGAGGAAGAAGUCACAGAGAAAAAGGGGAAGAAAGGGAAGAAGGGGAAAAAGGAUAAGGACAAGGAGGACAUACCUGAGUUUGAAAAGCCGAAAAAUUGGAAAAAGAUGAAUAAGAAGGAGAGAGAAGCAUGGAUGCUGCAGAGGAUCGAGGAGUGGCGAGCCGAGAAGGAGGCGGAGAAACAAGCCAUCCUGGCGGGGGCCAAGGAAAAGCGCGCCGCCCUCGCGCGGGAAAGGGCAGAACUGAUGGCGAAGGACAACACAGAGCAGGAGGUCCGGAGGGACAUCCUGCAGAAGACCUGCGACUUGUUUCAUAGUAAGCACUACUACGGGACUAUUCCCACCUCUCGUUCCCACCGCUGCAACUCCUGUGUAGCCAGGAUCUACAACUUGACCGCCAAUAACACCAGUGAAGGUCAUAGCUUUUGCGAUCUAAGCUAA